UCAGAUCUCAGGGGGGCUUUUACAAUUAAUCUUCCAUUCAACAAGUCUUCCUCUUCUUGGCGUCCUAAUCUUCACUUCUUCAGUUCCGCAAGAUCUCCAGGAAUACAACCGAUGGCCUCCUCCCCCCACCUCAAGAACCCUCGCUCGUCGGUCUCCGCGGCCCUGGCGGCGAGGGACUGGGCGUCGCUGCCCCCGGACAUCCUGAUCUCCGUCUUUCUCAUGCUGGGGCCCGCCGAGAUCAUCCGGCGCUGUGGUGGCGCAUCGACAUGGGCACGGGGUCUUGCCGUUUUCCUCCGGCGGACGGGCGGCGCUGCACGCCCCCAUGGAUCGCGCCGCCGGGGAGUGCGAAGCCUUCUCGAGGCCCUGCGACAACCACUUGCUCUUCUAUCUGGUUCGAAGAGCACCCUCCUUGAAAGUCCAGCAUGUGAAGCAUCUCUAUGCGGAGAAUAAAGUACUGAACUUGGUGCUCAACAGGCUACCUCUCCUUGAUGAUCUUGAAAUUUCCCCUUCAUUUGUCAGUACUCCCUGAAAGAAUUUACUUCAGUCCGUCUGCCAAGAUUGCCCUCGUCUCAAGAAACUCAGACUCAACUGCAGUGAGUCCUUUGACUUCCAUAAUGGCAAUGGCGUGGCCUUGGAGAUAAUCCAUGGAAAGAUCACACCGAUGCAUGACUUACGCUCCGUAGAGUUGUUUCACUGUGACCUGACUACCCAGGGGCUGAGAGCAAUCCUUGACAGUUGCCCUCUGUUGGAAACUCUCCGCAUUACUGGAUUUCUAGUGGGUGGCAAGAUGGGUGAGAAGCUACGGCGGAAAUGUGCUGGAGUGAAGGAUCUGACUAUUCCUGAUAAAUCAGUGAAAUUUCACAGGAGUCAUCGUCAUGAUCAUGUUAGAAGACAAGUUCAGGGCCCUUGGAGAUGGACGACUGAUCCUUCGCACGAUUAGACCUGCACAUGGCAAUGUUUGACUAUGGAUUUCCCCUUUGGUCACUUGAUUUGUAAUGUAAUGUUCCAAGUACUUUCUAGUCAUCCUGUUUGCAGUGAUGGUGUUGGGAUCUAUAUGUAAUGGGAUCAACUGUUAUCAGGGACCAUUCUUUUUAGUGAGGCCCUUCUGCGUUGUGCUGC